UUGCAAUCGUGUUAGGAACAUGCACGGCCAAGGCGUCAACCAAUCCCCUCCGUCGCUCCUUCUUCAUCAAUCCCUCAAGCCUUAACUCCAAUAUAAGCUCUCCGUCGCCGUCUUUCGACUCCGACGGCGUCGCCCUGGCUGCCGGUACAUAGCCCAUGGCUCGGAACAGCUGCACCUUCUCGCCAUUGAGGGAGCUAUGGAUGGGGGAGUUUCUCUGAGCAGGCAUACUUUCGCCAUUGUCCUUCUUCUUCUGCUGCUUCUGAGUUUUGAAGGAUGCAAUUCCAUGGAACCUUUGCUCCCAGAGUUAUCUCCUAAUGCAGCUCCUCAGCCAUUUCUUCCUCUCCUGGCACCUUCCCCUCUGACUCCUUUCACAAAAAACACAAUUCCACGACUAUCA